AAUCGUGGUGCGAUCGGUAAGGGUGGGAGACGAAGGGGGGUAAAAGAGUCAAUGGUUGACGAGAGGGUGAGAGUCCGCGGCGAGCGAGCAAUGGAUCAAUCACAGCAAGAGCAUGCGGGGGAGGAAGGAGGAGGAGGAAGAAGGGUGGGUGAGUGAGUGAGUGUGUGAGUGAGCAAGUAAGUGGUCUAACGGUGCACGGAUUUAUCCGCGUCACGGCUGUUCAUGCCAAGUGGUGCAAGACUGUGGGCAGUAGCAGCGCAACCACGCAGAAGAAGAACAGUUAGAGUGGAAAUCUAUCGAGUUUCCGGUCUUGUCAAUGUACUGUAGACUUCAGUCUUCUACCACAACUACUCCCCCCGCGGCGCGGUAACAAAUACAAUCGUGAAGCACUUGGUUUGAGACAGUUGUUGCAGCCGUGGUGCUCAGUUUCCACGCCUUGCUUCGUCGGAAGCGGGGCUGGGCUUCCACUGAAGCCAACGAGUGGAAUAGCCGCCAUCUCAGGAUCCAGCAGUUUCUGCACACAAGCGCCUUGCCCCUGCACUUUGUUGUGCUUUGUUGCUGCUCUUCUUUCUCCCUCCCUCCCUUCCUUCCUUCCAGGUUGGGUGUGCUUUGUGGCGAGGAUUGGAAUUUGCGCUGGGUGUGUGGCUGGAGGCAGAUGGGGAUUUCGCCCAUGGUUUGGCGUUGUCGUUGUUCGUAUUGCGUCGUGCCAUGAAUUUAACAGUCGUCUUUUUUUCGCAGAUCAUGUCCUGGAUCCUGUGCAUUGACUGAGAAACGUUGCAUCGAGCCCUCUGAAUUGCACCUUACUAGGCCAAGUGUAAUUUAUGGGGAGAUUCACGGACGGCAGGAGCAAUUGAAGAAGUUUUUAGACAAGACUCUCUGCAGUGGACUAUUGUUUUUGUCAUUAGCUGCGGCAGAACUUGAGAUAGGUUGUAGAAGAUAUCACGGUCGCUGCUGUAACUGAUGGUGUAUCAAGUAUUCAUUUAUGCGAUGUGUUUCCGAGCAUGAGCAGCAAAGGGGAUUUCUUUGGGAGGUAACCGUUGUGUUCAUUUCACAACAGAAAGAAAAGGCAAAUUGGGUCAACGAGGGAUUGAGAAGAGAUCGCCGAGAUUGAUUGUAAGAGAGGGCUAGCUGGCACCCCCGAUAGAGGGAAUUGAACCGCCUCAGAGAGAAUAUUAUAUCAAUGUUGAACAUUUAAAUGCACGAGUUGCAGUCUCUGGGGAAUCGAGAGGAAUGGCCCCGUGGGGUCAGAACAUGAGCUCCGAACCUCGCGAUGUAACGCAUGUGCUAUUAAGCCCUAGGAUGGGAGGUGGUACAAAAUCUCCCUUGAACCGCAAAAUGCCCAACUUUAAGAACAGUGGUGACUUGGAGCCAUGCGCUCUCUUUGACACGCUGUUCAAAAACGAAGCUUACUCGGCUGAGGACGCAGGAGAGGGAGGAAAUGGCGACUUUCACAAGCUUGCUAGCAGCAAAUCUCUACGUGUAGACAAUACGUCCAAGUUCUGUGUCGACCUUUUCAAAGCUGUCUUACAUUUAGCAGCACUUAUUAUAGGACUAUUUCGGCAGUUGAGCUCGCAUAAGAAGAAAGGCACCAAAUUCUCUGUCUUCUACAUUUUCGCUUCUCUCAUUUUCAUGUUCUUGCUGGUUAAGAUUUCCUCAUUGGGAUGGCUUGCCUUGCAAACACAUUCCGGCUCCUCCUCAAAGCAGGUCCCAGAUGAUACAAAGUUGAUUCUCCAAGCUGUGAAAGUUGAAUCCAGUGAGGCCCGAAGUGAGAAUACAUCGCCAGUAUAUAGAGACCCUUCGUCUCUAUCGUUGGCGUCCCAAGUCCAUGUUGGGUCGAGUAAAGAUGCGGGAGGUGUUUUGGAUAGUCACCUAUGGGCCAAGCCCAAAAGUGACUCCUACCAUCAGUGCAUUGACCGCCCGGAGGGGUAUAAACGGCCAGAUAAUAAGACAAACGGAUAUCUGUUGGUCAAUGCUAAUGGCGGUCUCAAUCAAAUGCGCGGAGGGAUAUGUGAUAUGGUGGCGAUUGCCCGGCUGAUGGAUGCGACUCUGGUGGUGCCUGUUCUCGAUCACAGCUCCUUUUGGGCUGAUCCUAGUGAAUUUAAAGACAUAUUUGAUGUCAAGCAUUUUAUCAACUCACUCCAGGAAGACGUUCACAUUCUAGAGGCCCUGCCAGCCUCUGUGGCCGACAUUGAGCCUAUGCUAAAAGCUCCCGUCUCUUGGUCCAAGGCACCAUACUACAAGGACGAGAUGGUGUCUCUUCUGAAGCGGCACAAAGUGCUGUCCUUCACUCACGCCGACUCGCGGUUGGCAAACAACGACUUGCCUGACGAGACGCAACGACUUCGUUGCCGGUCCAACUACGUUGCCCUCAAGUAUGCUGAGCCCAUCCACAGAUUGGCCCAAACGUUGAUCAAGCGAUUACAAAAUGACGGCCCUUACAUUGCUCUCCACCUUCGAUACGAGAAGGACAUGUUGGCAUUUACGGGCUGUGCACAUGGAUUGUCGGCUGAAGAGGGCGAAGAGCUUCGGCAGAUGAGGUACUCCGUCCCGCACUGGAAGGAGAAGGACAUCGACAGUGAGCUCAAGCGGAUGGAGGGGGGUUGCCCGCUAACCCCACACGAGACCGGGCUCCUGCUCAAGGCGCUUGGGUACCCUUCCACCACCAAGAUAUAUAUAGUAGCGGGGGAGAUUUACGGGAACGGAACGAUGGAUGCUCUGAAGAAAAUAUUUCCCAACGUGUAUGACCACAUGACGCUUGCCACUGAAGCGGAGCUGGCGCCUCUCAAAAACUUCCAGAAUCGCUUGGCGGCGUUGGAUUACAUUCUAGCGCUGGAGAGUGAUGUGUUCGUCUACACCUACGAUGGGAACAUGGCCAAGGCUGUGCAAGGGCAUCGUCAGUUUGAGGGCUACCAGAGGACAAUUAUCCCCAAUAGGGAAAGUCUAGUGAAGCUGGUGGACGAAUACGAGAACAAAACCAUCUCCUGGGAAACCUUCCAAGAGAGCGUUGCCAAUAUCCACGCGGACCGAAACGGGGCGCCGCACUACCGGGAACCUGGUGAAUCUCCCAAACUGGAAGAGAAUUUCUACGCCAACCCUUUCCCUGGUUGCAUCUGCCAGCGAGAGAAUCACACCAGUGACAACAACAACAACAAGCAUGAGUCCAAUCGUCGGCUGCUGGGACACUCUUAACACCCACAUUCCCUGCCAGCUACUCACCCGCCCACUCAAGCCUCUCACUUGUGUAAUUUAUAACCAAGUUCGUAUGGGCAACGUCCUCUCUGGGCAUCAACUUGCUCACGUUGAGAUCGAAGAAAGCCAGGUUUUGUAGCAGCAGCUUGAUGAUCACCAGGUGAUCGGUGCUCACCUGCUGUUACUGAUUCUUCCUACCCUCACCCAAUUAUUUUUGUAGCAUGUUGAGAGAAUAAGAAACGCAACCGUCGAUCUCAAUUGCUGUUAGGUACAUUAUAGUAUAUGUCGCAGCUGUACUCUUGCCCUACAGAUAUCCUUCACCUGCCGAUCAUAACCUGGAGAUUAACCUGCUUCUUCAUUUCUUUUCUUUACUUUUCCACGUAGCAAACUGAGAUAUUUUUAGUAACCUGUGCACAUUCGAAAUCCUUUGGGGGAUCUAACCCUCUGGUGGAAUUUGCGUAGCAGCGUUCAACUGUGAGGGUGGACUGUUCCUCAUAACCCAGGAGCCCUGCGCGUGUGUAUUAUUGGACAAGUCUAUGGGCCACCGUUUCCCCUCCUAUUCCUCAAUUCUCUUGCGUAAUCUGUAUAUGUUAAUAAAGAGUCUUGAACACAUUGACAUUCUUGCCA